AUGUCGGCAUCAUUCUGCAGCAAAUACGCAGAUUCAGAUAAUAACAUUGGACUUGAGGAGGGAUGGACUCAAAUUAAAAAAGAGGCUAUUGAACCUCUGGAGAUAUUUUUACUAAAUAGGACUCAGAUUAAUGAAAAGGCAAAGAAUUUAUUUACUGCGCAAGAGUACUCAAGAAUUUAUACUUUAAUUUACAAUAUGUGCACCCAAAGCCCUAGAAACUGGAGUAGGCAGUUAUUUACCAAGUAUUCUGAAACUAUCGAAAAUUUCCUGAGAGAAAAUGUUAUGAAGACAUUAAAAGCAUCUAAAGGACCUAAAUUACUGUUUGAGUUCCGGCUUGCAUGGAGUAAUCACUUGAUCUAUACUCACUGGAUGGAGCGUUUUUUUGGAUACUUGAAUAAAUAUCAUGUUAAGAUUGCUGGGGAGGGGAGCCUAAUGUUAAAAGGAAUAACCAUAUUUUAUGAAACUGUAUAUUUGGAACUUAAAGAAAGUAUUUCAUUCUCAUUUAUUAAUUCCAUUCAAGAGUAUAGACUUGGAACUGAAGAUAUUGACAGUGAACUUUUGAAGGGGGUCGUAAAUAUAUGUUUGGAAAUGGGCGAGAAGAGCAAAAUUCCAGAAAUAUAUGAGAAUAAUAUAGAAAAGGUUGUUAUUAACCACUUAAGUUCACACUAUGGGAGUCUUGCUUCCAAAUGGGUUAGGCAUGAUAAUUUAUUGGAGUAUUUAUCUCGUGUAGAUGGAAUCAUUAACUUUGAGAAUAAGCUUUGUGAAAUGUGUUUAAUUGGUUCAACAUGGAAAAAAAUCAAGAAAUCCUUAACUCAAAUAUUGUUAGCGGAUGAAAUGGAAGUUAUACUUUCAAACUCGAACUCUAUUAAGAAUAUGUUUGUAAAUAAUGAGUUUGAGCAACUAAAAUUAUUGUUUAGACUUUUUUCUACAACUCAUCAUGGAAUACAAGCAUUAAAUAUGCAAUUUAAGAGCUACUUAACAGAAUGUGGCCAAUUGAUAGUUAAUAGGUUUUCAGAACCUAUUCAUUGGGCUGAAGAUUCUGAGAAUGAAAAUGAAGAAAACUCGGAACUAAGUCAAUCAAUGCAAAAUUUAACCACAUGUUGGCCAUGGAUUUUUGGAGAGCCAAUUACUGUUCCUUUUGUAAAUAUUACAUGUGGAAUUUUAUUCGUACAAACAAUUAUUUCUCUUUACGAUCAUUCCAGAUAUUUGUUGGAAGACUGCUUUAACAACGAUGUCGAAGUUCAAAAGACAAUUAGAGAGUCUUUUGAGGCAAUCGUUAACUUGGAAGUAGGUUGUCAGAACCAAGCAAAGCUUGUAUGUUAUUAUUGCGAUUUCUUGUUAAAAGAUAGCUACUUUGAAGGCGAUAAAGGUACUAAUGAUGGGCAUUUAAACGACAAAUUUGCCGUUUUAAGUAGCAAAUUGGUAGAUAUUUUUUCGUAUAUCCACUUUCAAGACUAUUUUCUUCAAAUUUACAAAUUUCUACUUGCAAAAAGGCUUCUUCAAUAUCACUUGUCUCUAGAAAAAAAUGAACAACACAUCAUCUCGUUACUCAAGAAUAAAUGUGGUGCUGGCUUCACAUCCAAAUUAGAAGGGAUGAUUUUGGAUAUUCAAAUGUCUCAGGACUUAAAUAUUAAAUUUAAAGAAUACCUUAGAUAUAUCAAGAAUGGGGAAAUGGAUGAUUAUGAGUUUGAAAUAAAGGACAACCAAGUUUAUGAUUUGAAUUUGCAAAUUGUCAAAACUCAAACACAAGCUAAAAUCGAUUUUACUGUUAAUGUCUUGACAUGUUCAAAUUGGCCCACGCUGGACUCUUCAGAUAUAAAUCUGCCAGUCAAUCUUAAAAACUGUAUAAAUAAUUUUGAAAAGUUUUAUUCCCUAGAAACCUCUCACAGAAAACUCUCUUGGAUAUAUUGGUAUGGACAAUGCGUUUUGGAUUAUAGGCUGCCUACACCUGAUGGAGCAAUUAAAUGCUUUGAGAUAUAUUGCAAUACGUAUCAAGCAUGCAUUUUACUCCAGUUCAAUAAUCUUAUUAGUUUAUCUUUAAUCGAGCUUCAGAAUUUACUUAAUACAGAAAAGUCGAUUAUAUUGAAACACAUAAAACCUCUAUAUUCUGAUGUUAAAAUUUUGAAAAUUGUUAAUGAAGUUCAGACUUCUUCUGAUGACCUUUUGUUCGAGUUAAAUUUGGAAUUCGUCUCAAACGAUAAUAUAUCCCCUAUAAUGGUAAAAUUGCCACAUCAAACAGAAAAAACUCAAAAGAACCGUACUGAAUAUGAUAAAAGCCACGCAAUAGAAGCAGCAAUCGUUAGAAUUAUGAAAGUUAAAGGAGAAAUGACCAGAAAUGAUAUUAUUUCUCAUGUUUCAUCACAGUUUUGCGGCUAUAAGCCUUCAGAGGGAUUAAUAAUUGACAAAAUCAAAUAUUUGAUUGAGAGGGAAUACCUUGAAAACCACCAAGAUGACCCAGAAAAACUUUUAUACUUGGCAUAA